AUGCCGGCAGCAGGACUUGUUGCUGAAGGAGUCACCGGGAAUUGUGAAGGUCAUGUUACCACUUUUGUGAUAGUAACAUGUUUGGUUGCCGCCACAGGUGGCCUCAUCUUUGGCUAUGAUAUUGGAAUCUCAGGAGGUGUUACCUCGAUGGAUAGUUUCUUGAAGAAGUUCUUUCCUUCGGUUUACAAGGAGCAAGAACUUCAGCUUCGUCAAAAUCAGUACUGCAAAUACGACAACCAGAUACUGCAGCUCUUCACCUCCUCCCUCUACAUAGCAGCAUUGAUAGCCUCCUUCUUUGCUUCUACUGUAACUAGGCUUUUUGGACGAAAAAUCUCCAUGCUUCUAGGAGGAUCAGUUUUUCUUGUCCGCUCUAUCCUCAAUGGUGCCGCCAAAGAUGUUUCCAUGCUUAUCAUUGGCCGUAUAUUGCUAGGUGUAGGCGUUGGAUUCGCAAAUCAGUCUGUUCCACUUUAUCUAUCAGAAAUGGCACCUGCAAAACUAAGAGGGGCACUUAACAUUGGCUUUCAAAUGGCCGUUACAAUAGGGAUACUAACAGCAAAUCUUAUCAACUUCGGCACAGCCAAAAUCAAGGGUGGGCAUGGCUGGAGAAUUUCAUUAGCACUUGCAGCUGUGCCUGCAUUAAUCAUGACGGUUGGAGCUUUCUUCCUACCAGACACUCCCAAUUCCCUAAUUGAGAGAGGCGAUAUAGACAAGGCAAGGAGCAUGUUGCAGAAAAUCCGGGGAACAGAGAAUGUUGGGGAGGAGUUUCAGGAUCUUGUUGAUGCAAGUAAUGAGUCAAAGCAGGUACAACACCCCUGGAGGAACAACUUUCAAGAGAGAUAUAAGCCACAGCUCGCUGUGGCCUUCCUGAUUCCAUUUUUCCAGCAGCUCACAGGAAUCAACGUGAUCAUGUUCUAUGCUCCCGUUCUUUUCAAGACACUAGGCUUUGGUGAUGAUGCCUCACUCAUGUCUGCUGUUGUGACUGGCACCGUCAAUGUCUUGGCUACAGCAGUUUCUAUUUAUGUGGUUGACAAGUUUGGCAGAAGGAUGUUGUUUCUUGAGGGUGGUAUUCAAAUGUUCAUUUGCGAGGUUGGUGUAGGAAUAAUCCUGGCCCUUACCUUCGGGGUUUCUGGAGGCACCAUGUCGAAAGGGACUUCAGAUAUUGUGUUGGUCUUGAUCUGUUUAUAUGUAGGUGGCUUUGCAUGGUCUUGGGGUCCUCUGGCGUGGUUGGUACCCAGUGAAGUGUUCCCUCUUGAGAUCCGAUCAGCCGGGCAAGCCAUCACCGUCUCUGUCAACAUGCUCUUCACCUUUAUCAUUGCUCAUUCCUUCCUCUCCAUGCUCUGCCACAUCAAAUUUGGCCUCUUCUUCUGCUUUGCAGGUUUUGAUAUCGUCAUGACAUUGUUCAUAUACUUUUUCUUGCCUGAAACUAAGAAUAUCCCAAUUGAAGAGAUGAAUCGAGUUUGGAAGUCACAUUGGUACUGGGGAAAGUACAUUCCAGAUGGUGCUCCUGGAAUGAUACGGUGUAAUGUUUAG